AAUCGUAAAAGUUCCGGGAAACCAUGGUGGCCAAGAAGGGAAACCCCAUUUUCGCCAAUAAAGAAGACGGCAACUUCCGCGAGGCAUUGAAGCUCUACGACGCCAAACAGUAUAAGAAAGCUCUCAAGCUUGUAGAGACAAACCUCAAGAAAAACUCCAACCAUGCCGAAUCUCUUGCACUCAAAGGCUGUAUCAACCACAACAUCGGCAACAAGUCCGAGGCUGAGUCAUAUGUGCUCAAGGCUAUCCAAAAGGCACCAGCUAACUACUUGGUCAAUCAUUUGGCUGGGAUCUAUUACCGUUCUGUAGAGAACUAUGUAGAAGCUAGCAAGUGGCUCAAGGCUGCAAAUGACAAUGGAUCUCCCAAUAAGCCCAUUUUGCGUGACUUGUCAUUGAUGCAAACCCAGAUCAGAGACUAUAAAAACUUGAAAGACUCCAGACAGCAGUAUUUGGAGUUCCAACCAGGUUACAGAGCCAACUGGACUGGUGUAGCUAUAGCCCACCACUUGAACAAGGACUACGCCGCGGCCGUUAGCACUCUCACAAAGAUAGAAGGCAUAAUCAAGGAGCAUUUGACUGACGCUGACCGUUACGAACAAUCGGAAUGUGUAUUGUACAAGGUUGAUAUCAUAGCUAAGUCAGGCGACAUCGCCAAAGCUCUUGCUACUUUGGAGGAGGACUCCUCUGAAAUCAAAGACAGAUUGUCCUUCUUGGAAUACAAAGCUCGAUUCUUGAUGCUUCUUGACAAAAAGCACGAAGCAUCUCUCAUCUACCGUCAAUUGCUCCAGAGGAACCCAGACAACAUGCAGUACUACAACUUGUUAGAACUCUCUUUGGGAACUGUAGGCAAUUCAGUAGAUCUCAGAUUGAAGCUUUACGAGAAAUUGGAUCUGUUCUAUCCACGUUCAGAUCCUCCCAAGUUUCUUCCAUUGACUUUCACACCUUCUUCCCAUGCUAGAUUUGAAGAGAAGGUCCGUAGCUACCUUGUUCCACAGUUGAAAAGAGGGAUUCCAGCUACUUUUGUCAAUGUCAAGCCUUUGUACAAAAACCAUAAGAAGUUGAAAGUCAUCGAAAAAGUUGUCUUGGAUUUCUAUGCAGCAGAAUUGCCCAAGAUCGAUAAUCCGACCGUCUUCGUCUGGACUAACUACUUCUUGGCUCAGCAUUACUUGUAUCUUAACGAGUUGGACACUGCCAACAAAUACAUCGAUGAUGCUUUGAAACAUUCUCCAACAUUGGUAGAGUUGUAUACAAUCAAGGCUAGAAUCGUUAAACAUCAAGGUAAGUUUGAGGAAGCAGCUGACAUUAUGAAUGCUGGACGUGAGUUAGAUUUGCAAGACAGAUUCAUUAACUCUAAGGCUACCAAAUAUUACUUCAGAGCUAAUAAAGUUGACGAGGCUAUUGAUUGCAUUUCAUUAUUCACCAAACUCGAAGAUGGAGUCAUUAACGGUUGCAAAGACUUGCACGUGAUGCAGGUAAACUGGGUCUUAGUAGAAAGUGCCGAAGCGUACAAGAGAUUGUACCAUGAGUAUGAAGCCAAGUUAAAGGAAUUCAAAGAAAGCUCGCCCUUAGAAAGCGAGGAAUCCAAGGAGUUGGAAAAUGAACUUGUAGAAAAUAUCGAAACCUACAAGGGUUUGGCUUUGAAGAGAUACAAUGCCGUUUUAAAGAUCUUCAAAAUCUACUACAAUGAUCAAUAUGACUUCCACUCCUACUGUAUGAGACGUGGGACACCCAGAGAUUAUAUUGACACCUUAGAAUGGGAAGACAGAAUCCAUUCCACCCCCAUCUAUACUCGAGUAUUGAAGGGAAUGGCUGAAAUUUACUUUGAAAUUUAUAACGAGCAACAGGUGAAACAAAGUUCUGAAUCUCCCCUGAUUGAAGAAGGCAAGACCACCAAGAAGCAAAACAAUAAAAAGAAUAAGAAGAAGUCACAAAUCAACAAGAAGAAGGCAGAUUUCAUUGCCCGUGUUGAAAGUGAAAAGGACGACGAAGAUCCUCUUGGAGCCAAAUUGUUGAGCGACUUGACCAAUGACGACCAGAUCAUUGACAAGUUGUUCCAGUUGUACAAACCUUUGAUUGAAGAAGGUAAGGACUUGAGACUCACUCACGAAGUCUUGUACAAGACAUACCUUAUUGAAGGAAAGUACGUGUUAGCUUUGCAAUCUGUGAAGAGUUUGAACAAGGUGUUGGGAGGAAGUUCUGACGUCAAGUUAAGAAGCAUUGGCGAAAGAGUAGUGGAACUUUCUGAAACUGCUCAGAAUGACAAGAAUGCGAACGCUGCCAUCGUCAAAGUAGUAGGAAAGGGCCUCGUCAGUGCCUUUCCCGAAUUUGGUGAGUUGAGCAAGGAAGAUUUCUUGAAUGUCUACAGCAAAUAGAUUAUAGAGGCACCACUUUAUUCAUAGAAUUUUAUUUAAUAAUAGUAUUUAUUAUCUAAUAGUUAAUAUAAUUGAAUAUUAUUAAUUU